AGAGACGAUUUUCAGUUGCGCGAGACUCUCAAAAUGGCGGAACAGGCAGAUAUCGCUUUGAUUGGCUUGGCCGUCAUGGGCCAAAACAUCAUUCUCAACAUGAAUGACCAUGGCUACAAGGUGUGCGCAUUCAACCGAACCGUAUCAAAAGUGGAUGAUUUCCUGGCUAAUGAAGCUAAGGGUACGAAAAUCAUUGGAGCUCAUUCCAUGGAGGAAAUGGUGAAGAAGUUGAAGAAGCCAAGGAAGGUGAUGCUACUUGUAAAGGCCGGGGCUGCGGUGGAUGCAUUUAUUGACAAACUGGUCCCCCUGUUGGAAGCUGGUGAUAUCAUCAUUGAUGGCGGGAACUCUGAAUACACAGACACCAAUAGACGUUGCAGGGACUUGAAGGCAAAGGGUCUCCAUUAUGUUGGAUCAGGUGUGAGUGGUGGUGAGGAGGGUGCCAGGUAUGGCCCCAGCCUGAUGCCGGGCGGUGCACCGGAGGCAUGGCCCCAUCUCAAGCCAAUCUUUCAAUCCAUUGCCGCUAAAGUCGGCAAAGAACCAUGCUGUGAUUGGGUUGGCGACGGAGGGGCAGGACAUUUUGUCAAGAUGGUCCACAACGGUAUCGAGUAUGGCGACAUGCAGCUGAUCUGUGAGGCAUAUCACUUGAUGCGUGAAACGCUUGGAAUGACGCCUCCCGAGAUGGGUAAAGUGUUUGAGGCAUGGAACAAAACAGAGUUGGACUCCUUCCUUAUUGAGAUAUCUGCUGCAAUUAUGCAAUACAAAGAUGACAAGGGUGAAUACUUGGUGGAAAAGAUACGCGACUCCGCUGGACAGAAAGGCACUGGUAAAUGGACUGCUAUCAAUGCCCUGGAGUUUGGAGUACCUGCCACUCUCAUAUCCGAAGCUGUGUUUGCACGCUGUCUUUCGUCAUUGAAAGCAGAUCGUGUUACGGCCAGCCGUAGUCUCAAGGGACCGGCAGAGACAAAAUACAAAGGAGAUAAGACAGCCUUUAUUGAGAGCAUUAGAAAGGCACUCUAUGCUUCAAAAAUCAUCUCUUAUGCUCAGGGAUUCAUGCUCAUGAAACAAGCAGCCAAGGAAUUCAACUGGACAUUGAACUACGGUGCCAUUGCCUUGAUGUGGAGGGGUGGAUGUAUUAUCAGGAGUCGAUUUCUUGGAAGUAUCAAGGAAGCCUUUGAUAAGAAUCCAGAUCUUGUUACCCUCCUUUUAAACGACUUCUUCAAGGAUGCUAUUCAUAAUUGUCAGAAAGCAUGGCGCGAUGUUGUUGCCACAGCCGUCCAACUCGGGGUGCCAACUCCAGCUUUCGCAUCAGCGCUGGCUUUCUAUGAUGGGUACAGAACUGAAAGGGUGCCAGCCAAUCUCAUCCAGGCCCAGCGUGAUUUCUUCGGAGCUCACACGUACGAACUUCUCGCUAACCCUGGGAAAUACAUUCACGCCAACUGGACUGGGCACGGAGGCAGGGUGUCGUCUACCACGUAUGAUGCAUAGCAACUCAGGAAAUCCCGGCUCUAGUCAAUCUAACCUAGGGGCGGCGGGAAUAGUAGUCAAUAGAUAGAUGCAAACGUGUCAGAACUCGUAUUUGCUGACAAUUUGUUCACAACUAAUUUGUUUCUCUGAACUACCAAUUGGGACUUUCUACUCGCAAUUAUGGACAGUUAAGAAAAACUAGGGCCUAGCAGGUGAUAAGUUUGCGUAUUAAAUUUUAAAAAUACUCGAAUUAAAGACAUGGUGUUGUGUUUUGGUGAGAGGAUUUCGUACUGCUUGCUUUCCUUGUCAGGACCCGUGACACUCCUACUGAAAGUCACAGGUUUUGUUUAGUUAAAUCUUCUCAGCUCAUCAUUGAGUCUGGCUAUAACUUGGACUUAAAUGUUGUUUAUUGAGUUGUUUGUUCCCUUGUGUACUGAUUACAAAUUGGUGUGAAGUAGCAAAUGCGUUUAGUCGUAAUAUGCUUUUAUGCGACUACUAGUUAGGAUAUUCAUGUGUUGUGAAGUGCAAAUCCAUCUAAUAGCAAAGUUGGCAAAUUUAAAUUGCCCUGGUUAAUCAGGUCUUAAAUGAAAUAAUCUUGAAUGUGCAUGUAAAUAUUAUCAGGUUGAUAUAUUAUUUGUAAGGAAACAUAGAGCCAAUCUGUAUUUAUCAAAACGUCCCAAUGGAAUAUGUAGGAUGGAAUUAUGAUCACAAUACUCAAAAUACACAGGAAUGCAUCUAUAUGACGAUCAUGGCAUAACCUCCAUAUUAAGCACACCCUCUCUAUAUGGACAUAAUGCCCAGUGUCACAAGCGUCUGCUAUUUAGAGGUUUUACUGUAUUUCAAAUCAAGAAGAAAUCAUGAAUGCGUAUCAAAUAUCAAGUUUGUCCAACUAACAGUUAACCCUGACGUUAAAGCCAACUUUGCACAAAACAUGCUCUGAAACGCACCUAUCCCACGGGAGACCAUGUGUCAUUACGAUGGGUUUUGAGCAAGUUAAAGGCGGCGUAGGCUUUUCUGUGCCCGGUCAGUGCAUAUUCACAAUGUUUUGUACGGUGAAACCUUCUUACUACACAA